AUGGUAGACAUGGAUAACAUUGAGAUUCCCAUCAUCGACACAGAUGAGCCACUCUUCGAUGUGCUUCCCAAACUAUUCAACUUCAUCAGUAUGGCGGUGGGGGAUAUGGCCUACACAUUUGAACAAAUGUUGUAUGGUUCUCAGGGCCACCGUUUGAGACAACUGGUUCACGCAUUAGCAGAAGACAGCCACAAUCCUUAUAUCAUCGUGGCUUUGAUGAUAUUAAAAUCAGAGUUUACAACUGCCAUUGAAGAUGACUGGGGUCUUAAUGAAAGCCGAGGUGCAGCUUGCGAAUUUGUUGCCUGGCAAUUUCUGUGUCAUUUAAACCAACGCGAGACCAUCGAGUUUCUAUUAGAGGAACUACCGUCACCGCGCCGCAAUUCUGCAAAUAUCCUUGAGAUAGAGAGAGGUCUUUCCGGCUUCACAUCCCCACAGAGUGGUAUACGCCAGACAGAUAGCGAGACUACACCCCUCUUGCCAAACACGUCUUCUUUUUAUCGCCUAUUUGUCAACAAAGGGACUACAGAGACCCAGGAAUCAGGUCCCUCAUCCUCACAGGUUCGAACUCGCCAAGAGGAAUUCUAUGCCACACAGAGAUACUCUCAGUUCUUUGGGUUAAAUGCUUUGGAGAUAGCAACGAUCGCUCAUGCAAAGAGAUUUCUCAGCCAAAGAGUUGUCCAACGGGUGGUUGACGGUAUCUGGAAGGGUGAGAUUGUUUUCUGGGAUUCUUUGACAGUGAAUUCGACGAAAAAACCACAUAUUUACAACACCAAAACGGCGGAUCCGUAUUCACGCCUGAGAGUACCUCUUUAUCGCAAGAUCUUUGAAGCCGCUUUCUUCAUCUCAUUCCUUGCUCUCUAUUAUGCAGUCCUCAUAGAGAGAAGGCAAGAAGCCAUUGGAGUGUUCGAGGCGGUGAUGUAUGUGUGGAUUGUCGCCUUCGCAUAUGACGAACUAAGUGGAAUCAUUGACGCGGGGAUGGUUUUCUACCAAAUGGAUUUCUGGAGUCUCUGGAAUCUGAGCAUUAUCGGGGUAGGCAUUGCAUUUGUCAUAACAAGAGUCAUUGGACUAGUGAAAGGCAAUGCGUCAAUUAUUGAGCUCUCAUUCGACAUCUUGUCUUUGGAGGCUCUGUUUCUUGUUCCUAGGCAAGACUACUCCUGGAUCUAUUUCAAUUUCCCCAUCCGGCUCCGGGGCGCAAGGCUGAUCGGCCUCUUUCAGACGAAAGCGUUCUUUAGAUUCUCUCCAGUGGUAGUAGUAUUGUACAUUGGGUUCCUGACAACAUUUACCAUGCUCGCCCGUGACCGCUUGUCCAUCAAGGCAAUGGCCCAUCUUUUAGUGAAAGUGUUCUUCGGGUAUGGCGGUGAAACGAAAAUGCGCCCUGACACCGCGUCUGAAAUCUCCCCAAUCUUCGGCUACGGUUUAAUGCUUAUCUUUUCACUAAUGACCAAUACCCUCAUUCUUUCAUCUUUGAUUAGUUUGAUGAGUAUGAGCCUUGAAGGUGUGAUGCGUCAUGCCCGAGAAGAAUAUCUUUUCCAGUAUGCAUACAAGACCCCUGUCUAUCCUCUUAAUUCGGCGCUUUGGCACUGCCCCUAUGGAAAGAUCUAUUUUGCUAAAGAACCAAUCAGAUUGGCAAUCUAUGUCCUGGAAAGCAGUAAUUCUCGACGACUAACAUAUUUUAUGCCACCCCUGAAUCUUAUCCCUCUCCUCUGUAUUCGCCCAAUGCGGCUUUUUCUCUCAGCCGGAACUGUUCGCCGUGUACGCAUUAUCUUGCUUCGGGCUACUCACAUUCCAUUCGUUGCAUUGAUAUGGAUGUAUGAAUCAAAAUGGCGAAACUCGAAACGACAGAAUAGUCAACUCCCCCCAAUUCCAACGCCGGCACGCGGGGGACGUACUUCUGCAAAUGAGCCGACUUCAAUUAAGGACCCACACCACCCCUCCGUACUUGAAACAAAUAUGGGCUCUGGAAAAGAACACAAUGUGGAUCAACAAGCCGCGUGUGAACUUGGGCCUGGACAAGAUCAACUUGCGGACCUGAUCGACACGGUAGAGCGACUGCGAGCGCAGGUGGAGGCAAUGGGCAGAAAUCGCACUUAG